AUGUCAUUUGGGCCCGACACAAAAGCUACCGAGGAUGAUGAGGAGUCUUCUACAACGGUCUUCAAGCCAAAAAAAUCCAACUUAAGCCGGCAAGCUAUUGAGCGCAAUGCGACGAUCAAGCCGUCAAGACCUUCAUUGCUAUCCGAGCAGCUCCAAGUGCGCGCGUCUGAAGAUAGACCCAGAUACAGUUCCCAUAUGCUUAACGAACUCAAAGCAUCUACGCCUUCGACGCCAAAGGAUCUACGCUCGGUAUCUGAUGACCCCAUUUCAGGAAACAAAGAGCUGGAUUUGGCAACUAAAUUCGGUUCGGAAAUGGCUUUGCAUCAGGGUUCGGCCAUCCCCACUGAUGUCGAGAUCAAGGAGAAGAAGGAACGAAGGGCUCGGCUGGCAAAGGAGCAGGAAUUCAUAUCUCUUGACUCAGAUGGAGAGCCCGGAGACGCAGACGGACAAGACCCUAGCUCAGAUGAGUCUUCAAAUGAAGAAACAUCCAUGCUACCGUAUGCUGGGCCACAGCGCCUGAAAGAGCCCCCUUCACGGCUCGUUCAAGACGAGGAUGAAAUUGGUGAAGGCUUUGAUGAUUUCGUGUCUGACGGUCGUUUCGCAUUAGGCAAGAAAGCAGAACGAGAAGCUCGCAAGCGGCGUAAGGACGAGAUGAAAGCUAUGAUCGAGGAUGCGGAAGGCACUGGCUCCUCUUCUGAAGAAGAUGACAGUGAAGUGGAGCGAAGAGCAGCUUAUGAAGCCGCGCAAACACGCAAAGGCAUGGAUGGCCUCAGAAAACCAGAAGAGGUUGUCAAACCCAGAAGGCCGCGGACUCCACCCAAGAUUACGCCGCUGCCUACAGUAAAUGGUAUCCUGGAGGGACUUAAAGAGCGGAAGCAAGCUACGGAGUAUCGGACCAGGUUGCAAAGAGAGAGGUUGGAGAUCGUUCAGAAGGAGUUGCAGGAUAUUGAAAUAAGAAAAGAAGAAGUGCAGAGACUCAUGAGUGAGGCCAGUGGAAGAUUUGAGAAGAUGAAGGCGGAGGUAGAUGCGGAGAAGGCUCCAGGGGAGGGUGCGGACUUGGCGUUGGUGGAAAGGUCCAGUUUGGGGGUGGGGAUUGGUGCUGCGACAAGAGGCCUAGAGACCAUUGGUACCGGAUGA